AAUGAAUUAACUUUGUGUGUCAUGUUCUAAUGUUCUACGGCUAUAAUAGUAGUCAGUAGAUGCCUGAUGCAUCGUCGUUAACAUUCUAACGCGAUGUAUUGGUAACACUGAUGGUGUUUGAACUGAUUUGAUCAACGGAAAAAUUUUCAUGACAAAACAAUAUUAACAUUGUUAUAUGUUAACGUUUAACACACAACUUCUGUCUAUAAAAAAAUAAAAUACAGUUUGUACACUGAACACUCUUUGCUUGUUCAAUUCUCUAGUUUGGAGUUCAGGUGGUUCAGUACGAUUAUACGAAGUACGAAUUACUACGGAAACGCAUGACUAAAUAAACAGGCAUGUCAGCUAAAAUUUCAUUUUCGCUAUCGUCGCGCAUGUUCCCCAGACAUGGAAAGAAUAAUAUAAAAUGUAUAAUGUAGAUUAUUAUUAUAGCGUACAAUAUUUUAGCGUUUAUUCCAAGUCUGGGGAACAUUUUAUCACAAUUUUAUGUGCAGUGUUAUCGAGCUGACAUGCCUGUUUAUUUAGUCAUGCGGAAACGGAAUGGCGAAUCGGAGAUACUGAUUGUCGUAAAGCGAAUCGUUGACCGUUGUAUCCUGUUCUUUGGGUUCAGUGAUUAACUGAUGAAUCACAUGACAAAAUGAUUGAACUAUCCGAUGAAAAUGAAAAAAUGAUAAGUGAUGUAACGUUAAUGGAAAACAAUCUUAAAGAAAAAACAUCAUUGGUAAGCAAUUUAAAAAAUGAGUUGAAGGAACUUAAAAUACAAUACAACAAACUUGAAGAACAUAACCAGGCCAAUAAAGAACAAAUUUGUUAUAGCUAUGAUAUUGAUUCAGAGUUGAGAAAUGGUAAAAGAAAUAUUAUAAACGAAAUAAAUCUUCUUGAACCUGGAAAAAUUACUCGUGUUCUUACUGAUCAUAAUUUGUCAAAUUUAUUGGAUAUGUUUGUCAGCCUUAUAAUGACUAAAGAACAACAAAUUGUAACUGACUUAGUUAAUGACCACAAUAAGGUCAAACGAUUAUAUGAAGAUCAAAUCAAACAGUUCCAAGAAGACAUAAAAAAAGGAAAAGAAUGGCAAGAACUAGUUGAAAAUGAUAAUGAAAAACUUGGCCUUGAACUUGAAAAUCUCAAAUCUCAAAAACACAACUGGCCCUGUAGAGAAUUAAAAAUAAAAGAAUUGACAAAAAAAGUUUUCGAAGCAGAGAAUUUAUCUUUUAAUUAUCUAAAUGAGUUGAAAGAAUUAAAGACCCAAUUGACUAAAACAAGUGAACACAAUUAUCAGUCAUUGUCCGAUGAAUUUGAAACAUUUAAGACCAAUUCAGAGCUGUCUAUACAAAAUUUGAAAAACAAACUUGAAAAUAUAACCAAACAAUACAAUGAAUCAUUAGUUAUGUACAAAGAUCAAAAAGAUUAUUGUUAUAGUCUGGAAGAUAAAAUAGAAAAAAUUCAAUCAGAAUGUGCUUGUCUAAAAUCUGUUAUUGACAAAAAAGAUAAAGAUAUUAAAAACUUACUUGAUGGAUUUCAAUUGAAGACAAAUGAGUAUGAAACAAUGAUUGAAAAAUAUAGUUUACAAAAAGAAGAAACGAAAAUUUAUCAUGAAAAGAUAAUUAAUGAACUUGAGUUGGAUGUAAGUAAUAUCAAACAUCAGAUGUAUUGUACAGAAAAUUUGCUAAAAGAAAUAAAAAAAAAUUACAAUGAAUAUGAGUCUAUGUUAGUAGAAGUUAAGAGUAAAGACAAUAAGAUAGCAGAACUUUUGACUCAAUUGGAUGAACUUCAGCAAAAAAUUGUAUUAUUAACAAAAGAAAGAGAUUUUUUGAAACGCAAAAGUGAACAAUUUAAAAACUUUAAAGAUGAUGUCAAAAAAUUAAAUGAAGAAAUAUUUGGAUAUGAACAAAACAUAUCUGACCUAAGAAAAGACAAAGGUCAGCUUAUUGUACAACACGAUAAAGAACUGAAGAAAUUGAAAAAUGAAUUAAAUCAAGUUCAAACUAAAAAUUUGGAACUAUCAAAUGAGUAUAGUAAAUUAUCAGAGACUGCUAAAAAUUUGGAAAAAUCAUCAAAGAAAGACAUACAACAAUUAAAUAGAUGUAUUGUGGAUAAGAAUACAAAAAUAUCUACAUUAGUAUUGUUUUCCAAAACUAACACUGACGAUCUCAUAAAGAAGAAUCAUGAAUUGGAAAAUAUCUUUAAAAGGGCAAGAGAUGAGAAUAAUGUGUUGCGCAAAGACUUAUGCCGUUUGAAAGAAAUUACAAAUGUGACUAGAGUGGACCAAUUCACUCAAACUGCUGAAGAACAGAGCUUAGUGAGUAGUGCUAUAAUAGUGGCCGACUACAAAAGCAUGAUUGAAAAAAAUGCUAAAUUUGAGAAGGAUAGUAAAAUGAUGAAAAUUUUGUUACAUCUUAAUAAAGCUAAAAUUGGAUUACUUGAAAAGAAACUAAAUGAGCGACAUGGUUGAAUUUGAUUUAAAAUCUGUAUUGCCUUAACUCUGUAGUUAAAUA